AUGGAAGAUCAUAAAUCAUCAUAUGAAAAUAGUUUUGAACAAGAUAAUAUUCAUGCUGCUAUACGUGAUGGUUUAACAUCAUUUCGUGAUGCAUUUAAUGUUACAUGUCGUUCAUCGAAUCAACCAUAUAAUCAAUGUGGUCAAUGUAAAGCAUGUCAAGUUGAUGCUCAUAUUCAUGCAGCUAAAGAAUGGUGGUUACAAACAGGUGAUCUUAUUAAACGACGUUUUCUUCUUGCUUUAAUUAAUCGUCUUAAACCUGAUAUACUCAAUCAUUUAGCACAAAUUCUUAAACCAUUUGUUGAUGCAAAAGAUUAUACAUAUACAAGAAAUAAAUUUGAUACAGGUUCACGAUUAUCAACAGAUAAUACAAAUAUGAAUGAUGAUAGUGAUCCAAUAAAAAGACAAGAAGAAGCCACAAAACUUAUUGUAUGGUUUAAUCAUGAAGAUAAAUAUUCUCAAGGUUCAUUUAUCUUAACUAUACUUCAAUGGUGUGAAAGUUAUUUAAUUUUUACAAUAGCAUUGAAUAUAUUAUCAUUACAAGAUAUGGAUUCCGAAGAUGAAGAUCAUCGAAGUGAUACUAAUAAUAAUAGUCGUUUAAGACUUUCAUCUGCAUUAAGUAUCCCAUCGUCUUCUUUUUCGAUGCUACCACCUUCGGUUCCUAUUCUUAAACGUCCAAAAACAACAUCUUCCUCAUCAAUGCGUCAAAAAAGUGCAGUUUCAUUUGCAUCUUCAACAAUGAAUAUUAUUGAUUCUGAUAAUGAACAACCAAUACCACCAAAACGUCCACCAAAAUUUAAAGAUUUUAUAAGACAAUUACCAAUUUAUUUAGCUAAAUUAAUUUUAUGUAUGCUUGAUACAAAAUCUCUUGAUAAAUGUAAACUUGUUUCAAUUUAUUGGAAAAAAAUGGCUAUGGAAGUUGAAGAUGAAGCAACAAUGACUAAAAUGCUUUAUGAUGAUAUGAUGCUUUUACAGGGUUCUGCUGCUUUGCAAUGUAAUCCAUAUUUUGCACGUGAUACGCUUGUACCUGUUCCGGAUUUAUUUCGACUUAAUGAAACUGAAAGAGCAUCAGCAAGAAAAAAGACAUCAAAUGAUAAAAAUAUUUCAACAUGGAAUAAAAUUUAUGAAGGAAAUUCUAUUCCUACACGUUUAGUUUUAAUGGAAGAACGAAAUGUUUAUUGUGGUCCAUAUAAUGUACUUUUACUUAAAGAUGAUUCGGAUCGUCAUCGUAUUGUACAUAUGAGUGGUGAAAAUGUUGUAGCUAUUACAUCACGUGAUGGUCGAGUGCGACUUAUUGAUAUGCAAUCAGCACAAGAACGACCAAUAGUUUUAGUUGGACAUGCUGCAUCUGUUCAUUGUAUUGUUGUACAAGAGAAUAAAAAACGUAUAUUUACGGGUAGUUAUGAUUUAACUGUUCGUUGUUGGAAUAUAGAAACAGGGCGUUGUAUUAAAUUAUAUCAUGGACAUGAACGAACAGUAACUUGUUUAGCUGUUUUUCUUGAUUUAAUUGCUGCUGGUGGCAAUGACAAUCUUUGUUUGGUAUGGAGAUAUAAACACACUCGACCAUGGAGAACAUUUAAACAUAAACAUCCUGUAUCAGCUGUUGCUAUUAGUGAUGAUAUGACAUUAUCAGGUGAUAUUGAAGGAAAGAUAAAAGUUUGGCAUAAUCCAACUGGAGCACUUAUUAAAUCUAUUAAACAUCGUUUAUCAAUUACGGAUGUUAAAUUUGAUAAAUGGCAUAUAGCAUCAUCAUCGCAUGAUAAUUAUGCUAGUGUAUGGACAUCACAAGGACCAUUAAAUACACCUUUAUGUACAUUUCGUCAUCCAAAAGAAGUUUUAUGUCUUGAAUUUCUUUAUCUUCGAAUAUUAACUGGUUGUGCUGACGGAAAAAUACGUAUUUGGAGUAUACUUAGCGGAUUUUGUUUACGUGUUAUGCGUGGUAAUAGUGUUUCUGAUCCAGUUACUAGUCUAACAGCAACACCGAAUAGAAUUCUUAUUAAUACACGAAGUAGUUUACUAUUAAUGAAUUUCGAACCAGUUAAAUUUGAUUAUACACUUGAAGAAGAUAGAGCACCAGCAACAAAAACACCUACACCACCAAUACUAUCAACAUCAGCAACUAAACGUAAAAGUUUAAGUAUUAAACGAAGACAAACAUCAAUAUCAAAAGUUAUACAAAAGAAUGAAUCAAUCAAUGAGAAAAAAAAAGAAAUAACUGUUUUAUUUGAUAAUGAAAAUAUUGGAGUUAAUCUAACAUUAGAACAAACCAAAGAAUUAUUAAAACGACAAAUGCGUGGUGGUGUUGAUGAAAAACAAAAAUUAGUGCCAGAAGAAUUUCGUAUUAUUGAACAAUCACCAUUUUAUAGAGCAGAUAAAAGUAAAGAUGAUACUGUUUAUGCUGAACAUCGUCCUAGUCCAUUAACACUCAUCGAUCGUCCACCCUCAUCACCAAGUCGAUUUGAUUUAAAAACACGUAUAUUUCGUUCACAAUCUCAACAUAAUUUUUAUCCAUCAACAGAAUCAGUUUCAACUCGUUCAAAAUCUCCACAGAGUCUGUUUGAAAUUGUUCAUCGACCACCAUCAUAUAUUCAUACUCAAUUGCAUAGACAAACUACAGAUUUAUCAUCAACUUUCAAAUCAUCUUCUUUUCAAGGAGACAAAAAUCAACCACAACAACAAUUUAAUAAACCAAAGUUAUCAAGACCACAAACAGUUCCGACAACAUAUGAAGUUAAACGUGGAGGUAAAGUUUAUAAAGUUGUCGUUGGUUAUGUUAGUCCAUUUACAAGUCCAUUACAACGACAAGAAUUACAUUUAAAAACUGAUGGUGAAGUUGAUUUAGUCGUUCAACAAAUAAAACAACAACAAGAACAACAACGAGCAAGUAAACCACACGUAUGGCUUGGAUUAUUACCAUCAUCAACACUAAAAUAA